AUGGUAAAGAUUGAAUUUAUAUUUGACACGAAGAAAAAAAGAAACGAAGUGAAAGACUUCUACGAGUCACUCGGGCUUAUUUCCACAGUCCAAAAGAAUCUUCUAAGAAUAAAAGGCUCUGAAAACACAGCCAUCGUCUCUGCAGCGCAGUCUAAAAUAUCCCUGCGCGCAAAGAAUCACCGAGAGAUACUGGAAACCCACAAGGACCUCCUCCGAGACCUGGAAACCGUUCAGCUGGAAGAAGACGUGGAGAUAUCCUGUGCCCACAAAGAGCACCAAAUCCCGUUCCGAAUAAAGCUAUUUGACCCCCUGGGAAAUGACGUGUGCAUCUCCCCAGCCCUCAGCCCGAAGACUCUGGGGAUACUCACGAGCGGAGGAGAUGCCCCGGGAAUGAACUCCGCCAUUUGGGCGAUAGUGAAAGCAGCAGGAAAAAACGGCGCAAAAACUCUCGGGAUACUAAACGGAUUCGAAGGCCUCAUAAACGACCAGGUACAAGAAUUGAACGAACAGGAAGCGUACAAGCACAUGCAGGAGGGAGGAACUUUCCUGCACUCCGCCCGAUCGAAGAAGUUCAUGACCCAGGAAGGCCUUUCCUCAGCCCUUCACACGAUAGAAAAGCACAGAAUAGACGCCCUCAUAAUCAUAGGCGGAGACGGAACAAUGCAAGGCGCAGGGUACCUCUCAAAAGCAUCUCCAGAUCUCUCCGUCGUCUUCAUCCCCGGGUCAAUAGAUAACGACAUCCCAGGAACAGAGUCCAUCGGCGCAGCAACAGCCCUUCACCGAAUCAUAGAAGCAGUCGACUGCAUAGAAUCUACGAUGAUAUCCCACAGGAGGGGAUUCGUCCUGGAAGUGAUGGGCAGAGACUGCGGAUGGCUGGCUCUCUCCGGAGCAUUCGCUACUGAUGCAACGUACGUAUUCCUCCCAGAGUACCCGCAGGAAAAAAGUUGGAGAAGAGACUUUACAGCAGCUCUGCAGCAGUGCACGGAUAAGUGCGUAUACGUUAUUCUCUCAGAAGGGGCAAAACAUGCAGACGGAAGAAAAGUAAGAGCAGAGGAAAUAUGCGAAGUUAUGGAGGAGGCAGGAAUAGAGAGCAGAAGUACUGUCCUCGGACACGCUCAAAGGGGAGGAUCUCCGUGCGCAUCCGACCGAAUACUCGCCCCCUCCCUCGGAGUUGCUGCCGUGGAAGUCGCUCUAAGCAGGCGAGGAGCAUACGCAGUAUACACGGGAGAAACUGAGAGAGUGCUAAGCCUGGAGACGUGCAUAGAAAGGUGCAGAGAAGCAGCAGAUGCAAUAAAACUCCCAGGAGGAGUCGUAAAAGUGCGGAGGAGAGACUUCGUGGAGAUGUACGAGACUUUCCAGGCGAAGGCAAAAUCCCCAGAAAAAAGAGCAGAGAAAAACAAAAACUUCGCCGUCUGCAUAUUCGGGGCUGUGGGAGCAGGAGCUAGCACAGUCCUGAGUAAAAUGACGGAGUACGGGAGAAUUCGGGGAGUCACUGUCACGGACUUCUCAAGGCAUGCGUACUUCAGCAGGGCGAAGAAGGGAAAGACGAAGCGCCCAGAGGCAGAUCCUGCCCUUCUCUCGGAGCUGAAGGAGGCACUUGCAGCGCAGGGAAUCUCUACGCUCGUGCUUAUCGGGGGACUUGAUGCCCUCGCAGAGUCUCGAAGACUUUUCUCCGUUGCUGCGAGUGUGUACGUUAUUCCGUGCACGGUAAGUAAUAAUGUCCCAGGGUCUUCUGUGAGUAUAGGAGCAGAUACUGCGCUGGAUACGAUCACUGCCCUGUGUGAUAACCUGAAAAUGGGCUCAUCCAGGAAUACUGCGUAUAUAGUAGAAGUCCACGGGGGAGCCUGCGGGUACCUGAGCGUAUCCUCUGCGCUUGCUGUGGGGGCUAUUGACUGCUACUUUCCGGAGGAGACGGGAGUCCUUUCUCGUCUGACGCGCUCUCUCAGGGCACUUUGCAGUGUUUUCAAAGUCCCGGGUCCUCCGCAGUUGAUCAUGCGAGGGAAUGGGGCGAUGAAGGGAGUGUGUAAUGACACGGCUGCGAAGGUGCUGGAAUUGGACGGGAGUGGGACGUACUCCGUUCGACAGUGCACGCUGGGACACGUGCAGAAGGGGAAUAAGCCAACGGCUGUGGAUCGAGUGCGGGCUGCACGGACUGCGCUUUUCGUCUUCAGUGCACCCCCCGGGAGGAAAGUCCUGGGAGUGAAUCGAUGGUCUCCGACAGUGACGGAGAUAGACUCUGCGAUUCUGGAGGUGAACGAGGACAAGAGGCGAGUGAAAAGGGCGUCCUGGCUGGAGAUGGCUCGUACGUAUCGGGUGCUGAACUAG